GCUAGUGUUCCAGUCGCUGUCCGAGGUGCUGGAACCAGAACCGUCUCUUUAAUCUAUAGGAUUCUCUGCAAACACGGUGACUCGGUUUCUACCGGUCAAAUUAGCUCGGUUUGCAGCUGCAGGAUCUGGUUUCUGAGACCGACACAAACCAAUGCGGCCAGGAGGAGGAGGAGAGGAUAACAGGGUGGGAGCCCACUGAACCAUAAACCGCAGGCCAGGCAAUCAAGAUUCGGUUUUCAUACAGCAGAGGGAGCUUUUACUGAAGAUUGUGGUGGUUUGAGUCCCCAUCUCCCCCUCACCAUCAUGACGUCUUCUAUGCUCCGGCGGCAGCUGAAAAACCUGGUCCAGAACUAUUCUGAGGCCGAGGUGAAGGUGAGAGAAGCAACAUCCAAUGACCCGUGGGGUCCGUCCAGCUCUCAGAUGGCUGACCUUUCUGAUCUUACCUACAACGUGGUGGCCUGCAACGAGAUAAUGACAAUGCUCUGGAAACGACUUAAAGACGACAAGAACUGGAGACACAUCCACAAGUCUCUGACCCUGCUGGAGUAUCUGUUGAAGACCGGUGAUGAUCGCGUGCUUCUGCAAAUGAAAGACAACAUCUACAUCGUCAAAGCUCUCACAGAGUACCGCUUCGUUGAAAAGGACGGCAAAGAUCAGGGUGGUAAUGUGAGGGAAAAAGCCAAGGUUGUCCUGGUUCUUAUGGAGGACGAUGAGAAACUGAAGGCAGAGAGAGACUUUGCUGUCAAGACUAGAGAAAAGACGUCAAAAUCUGCCGCUGCGUCGUCGACUGAUAAUGUUAAGGAUCCGUCCUAUAAGCCGUGCUACGUUGCUGGGACGUCGGGGCUUCCUUCCUUGGACAACAUACCGUCCGUUGCAGAUCUGACCGCCUCGUUUGCUGCUCGCAAGGAGGAGCGACUUCGACAGGAAGCUGAGAAGAAAGAUGUUGAAAGAAGGGCCAAGAUGAGUGAAGAUGAAUUAAAAUGGGAGGAUGCAGGCAAAGAUGCCGAUAAACAAGGCGUUGCUUGGGGAGGAGAGGAAGCGAAGGAGGAGGAAGCUCCUAAAGAAGCUAGCAGCGAUGCCUGGGGAGCAGCAGCCAAAACGGAUGAAGAUCCAUUCGCAGCGCCGAAAGACAAACCUGAUCCCUUUAGUGCAAAAACAGAAGACCCUUUCAAUGCACCCAAAGACACAGAGGAUCCAUUUGCUGCACCUAAAGAUCCAUUCAGUUCUAGUAAUGGCGAUCCCUUCAAUGCUCCAAAGAAUGAUCCGUUCAACGCUCCAAAAGAUGAUCCGUUCAAUGCCCCAAAGAAUGAUCCAUUCAAUGCCCCAAAGAAUGAUCCAUUCAAUGCCCCAAAGAAGGAUCCAUUCAAUGCCCCAAAGAAUGAUCCGUUCAACGCUCCAAAAGAUGAUCCGUUCAAUGCUCCAAAAGAUGAUCCGUUCAAUGCCCCAAAAGAUGAUCCGUUCACUGCUCCAAAGAAUGAUCCAUUCAAUGCCCCAAAAGAUGAUCCAUUCAAUGCCCCAAAAGAUGAUCCAUUCAAUGCCCCAAAAGAUGAUCCAUUCAAUGCCCCAAAAGAUGAUCCAUUCAAUGCCCCAAAAGAUGAUCCAUUCAAUGCCCCAAAAGAUGAUCCGUUCAAUGCCCCAAAGAAUGAUGCGUUCAAUGCCCCAAAAGAUGAUCCAUUCAAUGCCCCAAAAGAUGAUUCAUUCAAUGCCCCAAAAGAUUCGUUUAACGCUCCAAAGGAUGAUCCCUUUAACACACCAAAGGACGAUCCAUUCACUGCCGCAAAAGACGAUCCGUUCACUGCUCCAAAAGAUGAUCCAUUCACUGCUCCAAAAGAAGAUCCGUUCAACGCUCCAAAAGAUUCGUUUAACGCUCCAAAGGAUGAUCCCUUUAACACACCAAAGGACGAUCCAUUCACUGCUGCAAAAGAAGAUCCGUUUAACGCUCCCAAAAAUGAUUCUUUUCUCACUUCAUCAGAUGAUCCUUUUGGUACCCCAAUGGAUGAACCCUUCACUGCUCCAGGACCAACACUCACUAAAGGACCGUCUGCAGAAUCACCAGUAUCUAAAGAUGACCCCUUCACUGCCGCCACCACACCACCGAAAGAUGCUUUUUCAGCUUCAACCGAAACAACUCAAGAUGACCCCUUUGCGGCUCCAACAACGCCUCCUAAAGAGGAUCCUUUUUCUACAGAUUCCAAAAUUACAACGGAGGAUCCCUUUGGUGCCCCUUCGGCUCCCCUUAAAGAGGAUCAGUUCACAGUGCCAUCCAACCCGCCGACGGGUGACGCCUCCGAUCCCUUCGGUGCCCCCUCCAGCUCUCCACCAGGGAACGAUGCGUGGGGAGCUCCCUCUGCUUCCAAAGAAACGACGGGUGCAGAUCCCUGGAGAGAUGGGGCCCCCGCCCCUCUCGAUAAUUCUGACCCAUUUGGAGACGCAUCCCAACCAGACGAUGACCCGUGGGGGUCGCAAGCUCCAGCUCCGGCCACUACAGGCGACGCAUGGGGAGCCCCCGCUCAGCCCUCAGACUCCUCCCCGUCUGGCGACCCAUUUGGAGAUGAAAAAUCUAAAAGCAAUGAUCCCUGGGGAGCUCCGAGCAACGGCGGAGGGAAAUGGACGCCGCAGGAAGACGACACGCGCAGAAAGACUGCUUCAUUUUUGGGCUCCGCAGGGGCGUCACUGGUGGACUUGGACGAUCUGUUCUCUUCUAACCCCAAACCCAGACAAUUCCCUUUUACCCGCCGGCCCGCUCCCCAAACACAAGCCAUUGGAGCCAUCAGAGCCGAGGGCCUGGCAUGCGGUCCUGCGGCCAAAUCAGGGGCUUUUCCACAAACAUCCGACCACGGCUUCGGUCACUUUCCCUCCAGCCUAGCACCCACAUACGGGGUGAUUUCCUCCAGUUUUGGAACUGUCAAUCCUUCAGGUAAAGCUCCCCUUAUUCAGCAGCCGUCGGACGCCGUGGGAAUGUUUAACUCUGCUGCCAGUUUGCUUCAGGGAGCUCAGGUGCAGCCGGGACCUGCAGCGGUACCAGCUGACGGAGGGAAUAUACAAAUGGCUUUUCACUGGGAUUCUCCUUGUGGUGGAGCGGGAAUGAUCCCGUCUGGAUAUCCUGUGGGAACGGGAGAAGCUCUGUCCGGUUUCUUCAGAGGGAAUCAGUCAGCAGGAGCGGGAAUCAUCAGAGAUUCCUCUCUGCCGUCUGGGGGUGGAGGCAAAAACAGUAAUCCAUUCCUGGACAUUUGAGCAUUUAUACAUUCCUUAUUUUGUAUUUGUUUUGAUAAACUCAUGUCUCAUCUUACAAAACAGACAUAGGAGGGCAGAUUUUCUUUCCUGUCUCUCAAAGGUAGACCAGGUUUUUGGUUGUCCAUCUAUUUAAAAUCCAUCUGGACUUCCGUCUGGCGGUUUUUAUAGACACUGAUGAGCUGAUUUGUCACAGUUUUUCUUUAAAAUUUGCAAGACGAUGACAAUUCACACUGCAAAAACUCAAAGUCUUAACAAGAAUAUUCGUCUUAUUUCUAGUUAAAAUGUCUCAUUUUUAGUCAGAAAA